GCCAGAGGAAGUUGAUGCAGAUUUCGAAGAUGUCGAACAAACGCUGCGCAGUUCUGACAGCAAUAGUUUUGGUUUUAGCAUUUGUACAGCAUGUGCCUCAGUCUGCCGCCCAGUCUUCUACCAAUGCCACUGAUGCUUGUUCCGGCGUGAACUGUCAGCAAGGCACAUGCGAGGCGGGCUUCAUAGGCUAUAGUUGCAAGUGUCAGGAUGGCUGGGAGAACAUUUUGGAGCUUCCGUUUCUGCCUUGUGGGAUUCCUAAAGACUGUCAAUUGAAUCUUUCCUGCGCCGGAGAUUCUCCUGCAGGGUCGCCGGGCCUCCCCUCACCAGCUCCUUUCACGCUGCCGAAUUUCACAGACUUCAAUCCUUGUACGUUCAGCUUGUGCGGGUUCGGUAAAUGUGUAGCACACGAGAAUCCAGGCCUUCUCACGGUUCCUUACUCCUGCCAAUGCGACCCAGGCAACUCAAACGUCAUGAACAUGAGCUCAGGAACCUGCCUCCCAAACUGUAACUUCGGAGCAUCGUGCACGCAACUUGGUCUUCCUCUGUCGAAUAGCACUCAAUCAGCACCUCCGUCAACCAUCACAACGCCCCCAAGUGAAGUUUGUAAGCACGUAGACUGUUGGAAGGGGAAAUGUGAACCAGCAUUCAAUAUCCCAGGACUUCCGCAGUACCAGUGUGUGUGCGAGAAAGGUUGGAUGAGACCUUUCAACUUCCCAACAUUUCCUUGCGCUGUACCCAACUGUCGAAUUCCAGAUGUGCUCAAUUGUGGACUUUUGAGUCACCCAGAAAGCAUUACUCCACCGCAUAUACAAGAUCUUUUCAAUCCAUGCGCAUGGCCCAUCUGUGGAGAGGGAAAGUGUAUACCUAAAGCUGGCAGCAUUACAAGCCCAGGUGAAAGCUUGUUCACGUGUGAGUGCGACCCGGGUAACUCAAAUCUCCUGAAUACAACCUCCAGCAUCUGCGUUCCAGACUGCUGUAUACCCGAGUGUUUCGGCGGUCAGGGAGGAUGUCUGGCUCAGCAAUCUCCAGCUUUUGUGCCCGUUCAGACACCACCUACCGGACUGCUAGGUCACGGUAAUAGGACAGAGGUUCUCAACGCAGGUGUUACUCUGAAGACCUGGAGGAGACAUAUACUAGUUGCAAUCGCUUUCUCCAUUCACGUGUGUAGCUAAGAAAACCAAGUCUUCAAGCUAGUCAUCUUCAAGUUCUCAGGAAUCCAUUCUGCAGGGUAAAAUGGACCCUUGUAAUCACGAACCCAGCGAGACAUUCUUGCCUGCGUCAAAAGUACUGACGCGAACUCUUCAAGCUGAAGACCAACCACAAAUCAAGACCUGUUU